AUGCCCUCCUUCGUUACCCACCCCGCCGACGAUGUCUCCAUCGCCACUAUCCGCACCCUCGCCGUCGACACUGUCGGCAAGGCCAACUCAGGUCACCCUGGUGCCCCGCUGGGCAUGGCGCCAGUCGCUCAUGUUCUUUUCUCGCGCUUCCUGAACGCCAACCCCAAAGAUUCCAAGUGGUUCAAUCGCGAUCGAUUCGUCUUGUCCAAUGGACACGCAUGCGCACUCCAAUACGUCCUUCUUCACCUUCUUGGUUACAAGCUCUCCUUGGACGACCUCAAGGCUUUCCGUCAGCUUGAUUCCAAGACUCCAGGUCACCCCGAGGCAAAUCACACUGAUGGUAUCGAGGUUACUACUGGUCCCCUUGGUCAAGGAUUUGCCAACGGUGUCGGUCUUGCCAUUGCUCAGGCGCACCUUGCUGCUGUGUAUAACAAGGAAGGUUUUGAUUUGAUCAGCAACUACACCUAUGUUUUCACUGGUGACGGGUGCCUUAUGGAGGGUGUCGCCAGCGAGGCUGCCAGCUUGGGUGGUCAUCUCCAGCUCGGAAAUUUGAUUGUCAUCUACGACGACAACCACAUCUCGAUUGAUGGAGACACUGCCGUUGCUUUCACCGAGAACGUGGAGCAGCGCUUCCUUGCUUAUGGCUGGCAGGUGCUACAUGUUGAUAACGGAGAUGCUGACCUAGCUGCGAUCCACGAUGCCAUCGCCAUAGCCCGCCAGGAGAAGAACAAACCUACCCUCAUUCGCUUAAGGACGACAAUUGGGUACGGCUCCAAGCAGCAGGGAACUCAUGGCGUUCAUGGUGCUCCCCUCAAGGCGGAUGAUGUCCAGGCCCUCAAGGCGAAGUUCAAUUUUGCUCCUGAUCAGACCUUCCAGGUGCCCAAAGCUACCUAUGAGUACUAUGGGGAAUUCGGCAAGCGCGGUGCUGCUUUGGAGUCGGAAUGGAUUGCCCUUCUUGAGGCUUAUGGCAAGAAAUACCCCAAGGAGCAUGCUGAGCUGACCCGGCGUAUUGCUGGCGAACUGCCGGAGAACUGGGAGAAGGCCCUUCCCGUCUACAAGCCCACUGACGCUGCACAGGCGUCUCGCAAGCUUUCAGAAAUAGUCCUCACUGCCAUUACCCCAAGCCUUCCUGAACUUCUGGGUGGAUCUGCUGAUUUGACUGGUUCGAACCUGACCAAGGUGAAGGGCACGGUCGACUUCCAACCACCGACCACUGGCCUUGGAAAUUACGCCGGUACAUAUAUCCGCUAUGGCGUUCGUGAGCACGCCAUGGGAGCUAUUGCUAACGGGUUGUCUGCUUAUGGUGGUAUCAUCCCCUUCGUUGCUACCUUCUUGAAUUUCGUCUCUUAUGCUUCUGGCGCCGUGAGGUUGUCAGCUCUCAGCGGGCAUCAAGUUAUCUGGGUCGCGACUCACGAUUCUAUCGGUCUGGGCGAGGACGGCCCCACCCACCAACCGGUCGAAACCGCCAUUGCCCUUCGCGCAACUCCCAAUGUUGCCUUCUGGCGCCCCGCUGACGGCAAUGAGACUUCCGCUGCUUACCUCGUGGCUCUCAAGUCCAAGAAGACCCCCUCCAUCCUCUCUCUGUCCCGGCAGAACUUGCCGAACCUCGAGGGUUCGACCAUCGAGAAGGCCGCCCGCGGUGGUUAUGUCCUGCACGACGAGACAAACGAGGACCUCACGAUCGUCAGCACGGGAAGUGAAGUCGCUAUCGCACUCGAAGCUGCAAGCAAGCUUAAGGCAGAGGGCAUCAAGACUCGCAUUGUCAGCUUGCCUUCCUGGCUGACGUUUGACCAGCAGGACGAGGAGUACAGGCUCAGUGUUCUGAGGAGCGGCGCGCCUAUCUUGUCGCUUGAGGCUCUUUCGACUGCCGGAUGGCAGAAAUACAGCCAUGAGCAAUAUGGAUUGCCCGCCUGGGGAGCAUCUGGCCCGUACCAGAAGGUGUACGAGAAAUUUGGUAUCACUGGUUCCAACAUCGCUGCCGUUGGCAAGAAGGUCGUCGACUUCUACAAGAAGAGGGGUGGCGAGGUCGUUUCCCCCCUCGUCAAGGCCCUGUAA